CGCUGCGGCGGGGGAGAGGGGCGGCGCGGGCGCGCGUCUGUCAGUGACAGCGGGAGGGGGAGGGGGCCGGAGAUGGUGGUGGUGGUGGCUGCUGCGGCUGCUGCUCUUCCGACAUGAGGCAGCGGCUGCGGGAGAGCGGGCGGCGGGCGCAGCCGCAGCGGCAUCUGUAGCUCGGGCAGGGCCCCUGAGGCGUGGGCGCGGCGUGCGGGCGACCGGCGUGCGGGCCGGCCGGCGUCGCGGGAGUCAGGCUCUGCGGCAGCCCGCACCGCCGUCCGCGGAGGGGCCCGCGCAGUGCCCGGAGCUCGACCCUGGGCGGGGGUGCGGCGCGUUCGGCUGCGGGCAAGAGGCCCUGCUAGACGGGCCGCUCCGACGGGCGGCCCCCGGGCUCCGCAAGCUCGCGGGCGGGGGCGCGGGGCUGGGCAGCCCGCUGGUGCUCAGCGGCGCGGGGACGGGACGCGGCAGGAGCCGCAGGUCGGCCCGCGCGCUUUGACGCACCGGGCGCCGCUGCGGCAGGAUGAAGCGUUGCUCGCCUCCGGCUGAGUUGUUUUUGCGAACGCUGCUCCCCGUGCCCGGAGCGCUCAAGGUCUGAACUUCCCUCUGGAGCUGCAGUUGGAGGCGCACGGGGAGAGGCCACCAGCGGGCGACGGCGCCCGAGGGGAGCGCAGCGCAGCGCGCCGGGAACCCAAGUCUCAGUGCGGCCGCGGCACGAGAAUCCCGGGAGCACCAGGUACCCCUGACCUGGUCGGGAAAGGUUCCAAGAGCUAGGCAACAUGGCUUCCUCACCCCACCAGCAGCUGCUGCAUCACCAUAGCACCGAGGUGAGCUGCGACUCAAGCGGAGACAGCAACAGCGUGAGGGUCAAGAUCAACCCUAAGCAGCUGUCCUCCAACACCCACCCGAAGCACUGCAAGUACAGCAUCUCCUCCAGCUGUAGCAGCUCGGGAGACUCAGGGGGCCUUCCCCGGCGGGUGGGCGGCGGGGGUCGCCUGCGCAGACAGAAGAAGCUGCCCCAGCUGUUUGAGAGGGCCUCCAGCCGGUGGUGGGACCCCAAAUUCGACUCCGUGAACCUGGAGGAGGCCUGCCUGGAGCGCUGCUUUCCGCAGACCCAGCGCCGCUUCCGGUACGCACUCUUUUAUGUGGGCUUCGCCUGCCUUCUCUGGAGCAUCUAUUUCGCUGUCCACAUGAGAUCCAAAGUGAUUGUCAUGGUGGUCCCGGCUCUGUGCUUCCUGGUGGUGUGUGUGGGCUUUUUCCUGUUUACUUUCACCAAGCUGUAUGCCCGGCAUUAUGCGUGGACCUCACUGGCUCUCACCCUGCUGGUGUUCGCCCUGACCCUGGCUGCGCAGUUUCAGGUUUGGACACCUCUGUCAGGACGUGUUGACAGCUCCAAUCACACUCUCACGUCCAAGCCGGCGGACACUUGCUUAUCUCAAGUGGGGAGCUUCUCCAUGUGCAUCGAAGUGCUUUUUUUGCUCUACACAGUCAUGCAUUUACCUCUGUACCUGAGCUUGGUUUUGGGGGUGGUCUAUUCUGUCCUUUUUGAGACCUUUGGUUACCAUUUCCGAAAUGAAGACUGCUUCCCUUCCCCGGACCCUGGGGCCCCGCACUGGGAGCUGCUGAGCAGAGCCUUACUCCAUGUGUGCAUUCACGCCAUCGGGAUCCAUCUGUUCGUCAUGUCUCAGGUGAGGUCCAGGAGCACCUUCCUCAAGGUGGGACAAUCCAUUAUGCACGGCAAAGAUCUGGAAGUGGAGAAAGCCCUGAAAGAGAGGAUGAUUCAUUCUGUGAUGCCGAGAAUCAUAGCUGAUGACUUAAUGAAACAAGGGGACGAGGAGAGCGAGAAUUCUGUCAAGAGGCACGCCACCUCCAGUCCCAAGAACAGGAAGAAGAAGUCCUCCAUACAGAAAGCGCCUAUAGCAUUCCGCCCCUUUAAGAUGCAGCAGAUUGAAGAAGUCAGUAUUUUAUUUGCAGACAUUGUGGGUUUCACCAAGAUGAGUGCCAACAAAUCUGCUCAUGCCUUGGUAGGUCUACUCAAUGAUCUGUUCGGUCGCUUCGACCGGUUGUGUGAGGAGACCAAGUGUGAGAAGAUCAGCACUCUAGGAGACUGUUAUUAUUGUGUGGCCGGGUGUCCGGAGCCCCGGGCCGACCAUGCCUACUGCUGCAUUGAAAUGGGCUUAGGCAUGAUAAAAGCCAUCGAGCAGUUCUGCCAGGAGAAGAAAGAGAUGGUGAACAUGCGAGUUGGGGUUCAUACGGGGACUGUCUUAUGUGGCAUCCUGGGCAUGAGGAGGUUUAAAUUUGAUGUGUGGUCCAAUGAUGUGAACUUGGCUAAUCUCAUGGAGCAGCUGGGAGUGGCUGGCAAAGUUCACAUAUCCGAGGCCACUGCUAAAUACUUAGACGACAGGUAUGAAAUGGAAGAUGGGAGAGUUAUUGAGCGCCUUGGGCAGAGCGUGGUCGCUGACCAGUUGAAAGGUUUGAAGACAUACCUGAUAUCGGGUCAGAGAGCCAAGGAGUCCCACUGCAGCUGUGCAGAGGCCCUGCUUUCUGGCUUUGAGGUCAUUGACGACUCACGGGCGUCCUCAGGCCCUAGGGGACAGGGGACAGCAUCACCAGGGAGUGUCAGUGACUUGGCGCAGACUGUCAAAACCUUUGAUAACCUUAAGACUUGCCCUUCUUGUGGAAUCACAUUUGCGCCCAAAUCUGAAGCUGGUGCAGAAGGAGGAGCUGUACAAAAUGGCUGUCAAGACGAGCCUAAGGCCAGCACCAAGGCUUCUGGAGGAUCCAACUCCAAAACCCAGAACGGACUCCUGAGCCCUCCUGCAGAGGAGAAGCUCACCAACAGCCAGACCUCCCUCUGUGAGAUCCUACAGGAGAAGGGACGGUGGGCGGGCGUGAGCUUGGACCAGUCAGCCCUCCUCCCGCUCAGGUUCAAGAACAUCCGUGAGAAAACUGAUGCCCACUUUGUUGAUGUCAUCAAAGAAGACAGCCUAAUGAAAGAUUAUUUCUUCAAGCCGCCCAUCAAUCAGUUCAGCCUGAACUUCCUGGACCAGGAGCUGGAGCGAUCCUACAGAAGCAGCUACCAGGAGGAGGUCAUAAAGAAUUCUCCCGUGAAGACUUUCGCCAGUGCCACCUUCAGCUCCCUUCUGGAUGUGUUUCUGUCAACCACGGUGUUCCUGAUUCUCUCCAUCACCUGCUUCCUAAAGUAUGGAGCCACCGCCACCCCUCCCCCACCGGCUGCCCUGGCCGUCUUUGGUGCAGACCUGCUGUUGGAGGUGCUUUCCCUCAUAGUGUCCAUCAGAAUGGUGUUUUUCCUAGAGGACGUCAUGACAUGCACAAAGCGGUUGCUGGAAUGGAUCGCUGGCUGGCUCCCUCGCCACUGCAUUGGGGCUAUCUUGGUGUCACUUCCUGCCCUGGCUGUCUAUUCACACAUCACCUCUGAGUUUGAGACCAACAUACAUUUCACCAUGUUCACUGGCUCUGCAGUGCUGGUGGCCGUUGUACACUACUGUAACUUCUGCCAGCUCAGCUCCUGGAUGAGGUCCUCCCUCGCAACCAUUGUGGGGGCUGGGCCACUGCUUCUGCUCUACGUCUCCCUGUGCCAGAACAGUUCCAUUGUGAUGCCCCCCUUGGACUCAGCACACAAUUUCAGUGUGGAGAGGAACCCAUGCAACAGCUCAGUGCUCCCCGACAGCAGGAGUCUGGCCAGCCUCAUAGGCAAGGAGUUCAUCCUCACCUUCUUCCUCCUGCUCCUCUUGGUCUGGUUCUUGAACCGGGAGUUUGAGGUCAGCUACCGGCUGCACUACCAUGGGGAUGUGGAGGCAGACCUACACCGCACCAAGAUCCAGAGCAUGAGAGACCAGGCUGACUGGCUGCUUCGGAACAUCAUCCCCUACCACGUGGCCGAGCAGCUCAAGGUCUCUCAGACCUACUCCAAGAACCACGACAGCGGAGGGGUGAUUUUUGCCAGCAUCGUCAACUUCAGCGAGUUCUACGAGGAGAACUAUGAGGGCGGUAAGGAGUGCUACCGAGUCCUCAAUGAGCUGAUCGGUGACUUCGACGAGCUCUUGAGCAAGCCAGACUAUAAUAGCAUCGAGAAGAUCAAGACCAUCGGGGCCACAUACAUGGCAGCAUCAGGGCUGAACACUGCCCAGUGUCAGGAAGGCGGCCACCCACAGGAGCAUCUGCGUAUCCUCUUCGAGUUCGCCAAGGAGAUGAUGUGCGUGGUGGAUGACUUCAACAACAAUAUGUUAUGGUUCAACUUCAAGCUCAGGGUCGGCUUUAACCACGGACCCCUCACGGCAGGUGUCAUCGGCACCACCAAGCUGCUGUAUGACAUCUGGGGGGACACCGUCAACAUCGCCAGCAGGAUGGACACCACUGGUGUUGAGUGCCGUAUCCAGGUGAGCGAAGAGAGCUACCGUGUGCUGAGCAAGAUGGGUUAUGACUUUGACUACCGAGGGACUGUGAAUGUCAAGGGGAAAGGGCAGAUGAAGACCUACCUUUACCCAAAGUGCACGGACAACGGAGUGGUCCCUCAGCACCAGCUCUCCAUCUCCCCAGACAUCCGUGUCCAGGUGGACGGCAGCAUUGGGCGGUCUCCCACAGAUGAGAUUGCCAACUUGGUGCCUUCUGUUCAGUAUUCAGACAAGGCUUCCCUGGGAUCUGAUGACAGCGCGCAGACCAAGGAAACUCACCUGUCCUCUAAGAGGCCCUGGAGGGAGCCGGGCAAAGCAGAGGAGAGGUUUCGAUUUGGCAAAGCCAUAGAAAAGGAUGACUCUGAAGACCCGGGAGCAGAAGAGACCAACGAACUCACCAAGCUCAACGUCUCAAAGAGUGUGUGAGGCAGCGGAGAGCUGCCGAGGUGCUCUGCUCGUCCAAACACAGUACUGUCUGUAUCGAUAGGCUGUUGUGCUCUCUAGCACCUCAGCCUCUGUCCCCAGAUGUGGUGUCACGCGGUCAUCUCCGCCCUAGUCUCUGUGUGGAGCACAGUUAUUCAGGGUUCAUGUCCAUCCAUUACGGUUUUCCUUUACUCCCUUUCAGGAAGCCUUUUCCUCGAAGCCUGCCCCCAACCUGGGGGAUCCAUCCAGCAGUGUGGAGGGAUACAAGUGCCUUCAGGGUGUGGCCUUGCGUCUGGGGCUGAGGCCACUGGUGGAAUUAUGGCCCUGGGGAUUAUUUGACUUCUUUAAGAAAAAAAAAAAAAAGGAAAAAAAAAAAAAAAGCUGUGGUUAAAAUACCAUUUUUAUUGCCUUUUCUCACAAGUUUUUUUUUUCUCAUACAGUGUUCUCCAAUUUAUUUUUUCUAUAUAUGUAAUAGUAUUUUUCAGUCACCUGGCCUUUCUAAGCACAUACACGCACACACACUUGCAUUUAUGACUCUGACAUAAAGUGCCAGUAACUCACCUGGGGGAGGGGCUAUAAGAGGGAGCAGGGCUGGAGGCUCAUCAGGCCCCCUCCUGGCAUCUCUCGGGUACCUGGGCCCACAUUCCUGUGGCCCACAAAUGGGCUUCUCCGCCCCCAACACUGGGCAGUUUCAGGGGCUCAUCUGCACGCAGGCCAAGAUUUCAUAUGCUCACCAGGCACUAAGCUUACAAACCAGGCCUCAGGAAUCUCAAAGCCGUGUUUUCAUCCCGACCCCCCACAGAGGGGUCUUCCAGCCAAGAGUGAAGAUGUUUGUCUCAGAAGCUGGCCCAUUUGAGGGAGAUGUUUAACCAUCUGAGGAUGCAUUUAUUUAUUUAUUUAUUUAUCAAAACGUGUAUUAUGGGGAGGGGCCACUGGGUAGUUUUGGUGGAGGGAAGCAGUCAGGGAGUGGGCAGGGCAGUUUGCAAAGGACACAGCCAACCAAUGGCAAGAUGUCCCUCUAUGUUUCAUGUCUCAUCCACUGUGGCCCACAGUGCCACCCAGGGUGCUGCUCCCCCUUGUGGGGAUCCAGAAUAAAACUGGCUUGGCGCCAAGCAGGAUUCUGCAAACCUUUUGUCCCUUCCUCCCACUGUGCAGGCUGACUUGUGGUGGUGGGAUUUGAUUCUGUUGGCCAAUUCAGACUUGUGAAAGAGAUUUCUUACGGUGCACCGAGGGACAGAGCCAUCUGUUUGCCAAAGGAGACGCAGACAGCCCGUCACAGAGACGACAAUUCGAGUUCCUGGCUGCUAACCUUACUUGUAAUUGUGUUCUUCCAUGUUGAGUCUCAAGUUGACGAUGGAUGGAGCCCAGCUACAGCUGCCCCGCCGCCAUCAUUUUUCCAGGUCACGCUGGUGUGCAGCUCAUGAGACAACUGAGGAAUAGCUCUGUGUCGGUUGGAGGUCUUCAUGCCAGGCCCUGUGGUGUGUUCUCUCACUGGUAAACAUCACCGUAUAAUUUUCACAUCUGAAUGAAGCCUGGUUUUCACUCCUCCCCAAAGAUGGAGAGAACCUGCUUAUGCUAGCAAGGUGGCAUCUUAGUUCUAGUCAGCCACUUCCCAGGAGACACCUGGGAUGGCCACCAGAGCAGCAAAGCCAUGCCAGGACCCAGAGUAUUCUUAGUGACUGGAAGAUUUCCCUUCCAGUUGGCUCCCUGUUGGUCUUCCAACUCGAAGAACAGAUAAGUUGUGUCAAUACCUCUUGUUUCUAAGGAAUGUAUUGCUGUACAAUGCCACAGAUUUUCUUUUCUUAAAAACACUACCUGAUUCUUUCCUUGUGCUAGGGAGUUAGGGCAUGCUGGUGUCAGUUUUAGGGUGUGCUCAUCUGAGUGAGCACCAGUCUGUCCACCACCUCCAGGCUGCAUCACUUUGAGGAGCUAGCUAGUGGUUGGGGUUUUUGCAAUCUUGGUUCAAGAUGUGCUCUGCACAUCUGUUCAUCUCUUCCCACAUCUUCCCUCUCAAACUCUUUCUUUCUCUGCUACAAAGGUAUCUGUGAUUCUUUCCCAGCCCACUCCCCAACCCUAUACCUGUUAACCAGCUGGAGAGAAUCGUUAACCUUGAGCGGGUGGUCCGGUCCUGCAUUGUACAACUAGAGCCCUGGCUGAAGGACAGCUCACACAGAGUGCAGUGGUCUUAAGAAACACCCUGAGCCUUCCUGAAGAACCAGUGCAGACAUUCUUCUUUCAGGGUGCAAGGCCCCUGCCCCUAAGCAUACCUCAACACAGAACCACAGGAUCUCUGCAGCACACCUGCCAUGCAGUUUGGUCUGUUGGCAUUGAGCAAUCAGCUGUUGCUGGAGACAGUUGGGCUUCUAGGCAGUGGACUCGAGUGUCCGUCAGGUGGCAAUACUUCUUAGGAACCCAGGGCAGGAAGCAAUACUCCAGAAUUGAAUGUGUGUAAAUAGUUGCUUUGCAUUGCAAUUGCCCUUUCCUUCUUGGCCCCAGCUCUGAUCAGUUUUAUACAUCUGUAUGAUCAAGCACACAUAAUUUUAUCCCACACAAAUGAACAUAGAGUAUCAGUUCUAAACCCUCAAACUGCUUGAUGAGCCCCACAGAUGUACCACACCUGCGCAUGGCUCCCUCUGCCCUAACUUUACUCCCGGGACUGCACCUGCACAUUUGCACAUGACACGGCGAGCCAAAGGCAGUGUGCGACCAUCUCCUGGGCUGUAGUCACUUGUAGUUUUCCAAAGAUAUAAGUCUGCAUUUGAAUUUCUUGAUUUUCAAGGUAAGCAUUUUUUUUUUUGAUUGGUUGUUUUAAAAAUCGCACCAUGCCUAGAACCUGAAAUUAUAUUAGCAAGAACCAACUGUUUGUAUUUCCAUGUUUUUCUUUGCUCUGCUCUUUUUAAAUUGUUAAUUCUGAGAAUUUCAAAAUGCAUCCACUGGAAAAAAAAAAAAGAGGAUAUUAAAAUGUUCUACAACUUAA